CUUCUGCCCAAAUCAAUGGUAGCGCAUGCAUCGAAAGCCACCGGUCUGGAACAGCGGUUCUGCGGCUCUGAGCUGGUGUGAUACGAGGACGUAGCGUUGAGUGUCUGGUAAUGACGUCAGACAGGCUACCCCACGCAUAUUGUCUUGCUAGUCUGAGUCUGUCUCGACUGGCAUUGAUGUUAGUACGAUAGAACGAAGAGCUUGGAAGAAGCAACAAGCCAAAACUGGGGGAUUCGAGAUCUGGGAAGCGUUCGUGUGAUCAUCUGUUGGUUAUGGACUGGGAGUGGGGUUGACCCCCCACGGCCCAUCUGCUCCGCCUGUGGGAUGAGCGAGUCUCUACUUCGAAGCAAGCGAGUGAGAGCGAGCACAAAGAGGAAGAGUGAGAGAAGGAGAGACAGAGCGGAGAGAGGAGGAUGGGAAGAAGGCAGUGGGGCUGGUGCCUGAAUGUCUCGACGGCGGUGCUGUACGGCUCGCUGUCGCUGUUCGUCUCCAUCCUGCACAACGUCUUCCUUCUCUACUAUGUGGAGACGUUCGUGUCAGUUUACAAGAUCGACAAGCUGUCCUUUUGGGUGGGAGAGACGGUGUUUCUGAUAUGGAACAGCCUGAACGACCCUCUUUUCGGAUGGCUGAGCGACCGCUCCUUCCUCGGAUCCACAAAGGCGGGGUCUCAGAUCACCGGGCCGGAGGUGGUCCUUCAGCGCUUGCGGGCGCUUUCCCGCAGUGGGCCGCUCUUCGCCCUCUCCUUCCUGGCCUUCUGGGUAGCGUGGGCACGGCCGUCGCUGCAGUUCCUGCUGUGCCUGUGCCUGUACGACGGCUUCCUGACGGUGGUGGACCUCAACCACAACGCCCUGCUGGCCGACCUGGCCGUGUCGGCGCACGCGCGCGCCCGCCUCAACUUCCACAGCUCGCUUUUCAGCGCCCUGGGCUCGCUGUCCGUCUUCAUGUCCUACUGCUUCUGGGACAAGGAGGACUUCGCGGCGUUCCGGCUCUUCUGCGUCAGCCUGGCCGCCGUCUCCGUGCUGGGCUUCGUGACGGUCCUGCGCCUGCUAAAGAUUCGCUUCCAGGCAGAGGUCAGGCUGCGGCAGGGUCAAGAUGAGGGGCAGGCGCUCAAAGAGCUGGUUGUUGGCCAGGCUCCUCUGGUUCCCCAGGAGAGGCCAGUGACACUGGGGGAGUAUCUGCGGCAGCUCUCGAGGCACCGGAACUUCAUGUGGUUCACUUCUAUGAACCUUGUCCAGGUUUUUCACUGCCACUUCAACAGCAACUUCUUCCCUCUCUUUCUGGAGCACCUGUUGUCAGACAGGAUCUCUGCCUCGACAGGCUCCUUCCUACUGGGUGUGUCCUACAUCGCGCCCCACCUGAACAACCUCUACUUCCUGGCCCUGUGCCAGCGUUACGGAGUGUACCAGGUGAUCCGCUGGCUCUUCCUGCUAAAGCUGGGCCUCAGCGUGGCCAUGCUGCUGGCAGGAGCCGACCACAUCUACCUGCUGUGCAUCUUCAUCGCCAGUAACCGGGUGUUUACAGAGGGCACCUGCAAACUGCUCAACCUGGUCAUCACCGACCUGGUGGACGAGGACUACGUGCGGAACCGGCGCCAGCAGGCAGCGUCCGCUCUGGUCUUUGGCAUGGUUGCCCUGGUGACUAAGCCUGGGCAGACGUUUGCACCUCUGAUCGGCACCUGGCUUCUGUGUGUCUAUACAGGCUAUGACAUCUUCGAGCGGAACCCUCUGAGAGAGGUGGUGGCGGCCACAGCGGUCCCUAAUCCUGUUGGCUCCAUGCCCCUGCGGCAAGGCUGCUUCUACCUGUUGGUGUUCGUGCCCAUCUCCUGUGCCCUGCUGCAGCUAAUGGCCUGGUCCCGCUUCACGUUGCACGGGCGCCGCCUGCAGGGCAUUAAGGCCCAGCGGCAGGGCGUGGAGCAGGGGCCCUUCCUGGACAUCAAGGCCAUCUGAUGGAAGGCCAUGGUGAACCAAGGCACAAAGUCCUGACUGCUCACAUAAAAAGCAGAUAGAUUAUUGUGCACUAGCACGCACCUAUUUUUAUACAAACACACACCCCCACAUACACGCACGCUCUCAUACAAAUACUUACUUGUACACAUAUGUAAGCACAUAUACACACAUUUUCAGCCAUACACACUAUCUGACACACACACACACACACACACGUAAGCAUGUACACACUCAUAUGUUCACCUUCUGCCUGACAAAGGACUUGAGAACACCCCGGUGCGUGUCUGGGGCUCACUCCUUGGAGUGCCUUGCCUUAUUUUUGUGCUACAAAGAAAAAAAAACAUUUGUGUUGUUGUUGUUAUAUUUAUAUAUUGUAAUGAACUUGUGACCAAAUACAAUGAGGGAAGAAAAAAAAAAAAGUAAUUCAAGGGGACCACUAUAACCGAUGGACACAAAGCACCCUCAGCUUCGUACUACAGAGGUGCUCUGGGCUCUUCUCCUACCCACCAGCGGGAGAAUGGAAUCCCUAAGGCAGGAUGAAGUUGCUCGUCUGACCAAGCACGUUUAUCUGCCAAAAAUCUGAACACGUUUCUAGGUUUUCAACACGUCCGGUGAAGAAAACGCUGUUUCUGUAUUCCUCCCUUUCUCUCUCAACUGUCUCCGCGUGUGACUCGUGUUAUUUUGUGAACAGGGCAUGUCUGUAUACAGAAGCAUUCCAGGUUUGAUCCAUGUUCAGUUGCAUGACUUACAGUGUAGCAAAUAGACUAGUUGUAUUUUUAUAUGCAUCACCAGUUUUAACCCCUUGAUGGUUUGAUGCUGAAUAAGCUUGUCAACAUCCUAGUCUGUCUGCCUAGUUUAGAUUUUAUAACGUAUCUGGUUCAGAGCUCUACUCCGAUGUCUAGUUAUUUUUCUAUUGAGUUGAGCUGCACAAUGUUGCUAAUGUUCCGACUGAAAACGAGACAUUCCAAUAGAGGUCCAAUGCUUGUUUCUAACUUCUUACCCAUACUGAAACGGACAGAAACAUUUGGUAUAGACUGAGAGUUGACUUGGUUAUACAGAUAUUUUUAUAUUAAUUAUCUCCAGUGUUUUCAAGUUCACAAAUGGAGGAAAAAAAAUCCCAAGUUGAAGAACUGGAUUUUAGGAGCAUGUGCAAUUUUUGGUCAAGAUGAUUAUGUGUGAGAUGCUGCUUGAUGACACCCAAAUCAAUUAAGUGAAAAUUCACCUUGAAAGCUGCUUGCAGCAGUUAUUUAACUAAAACUAUUUUUGUUAAGCUGGUAUGAAAUUGGUGAUCUUUCUGCAUCCUAUUUGUUCCAUUUUGAUUUGUAUUAGUUGACCAAGGUAAGCUACAGCUGAAUUUGAAUUUUGAAGUGUCUCAGGAAAUUAAGAUUGCUCAACACUGUCAGGUCUCAGUUUCAGGAGACUGCCUUAUUCUAAAGUAGUCCGUGAUACAACCGUGAUUUAUCAUUGGUUCGUCGUUUUAUUACCUUCUUAUUAUUGCUCUGUUCCUGGUGGCACCUGUCUUUGUCAAACCAUUUUGUUGCCAAAUAAAGAAACGUAAUGCCA